AUGCUCAAGUCUACCUACACUCCUCCGCCUCCGUUACCUCCAGGCUGGACGGAGCAUAGAGCUCCUUCAGGUCAUUUAUACUAUUACAACGCUGAGACUAAGCAAUCAACCUAUACGAGGCCAACCGCACAGACGACUGCACCUGAACCGCCACCAGCCCCCGCUCAAACAGUCCCUGCCUAUGCGCCCAGCAAUCUUCCGCCGUUCUCCUCUACACCAUAUGGACCGUCUGAAUUUGGUCCUGGAGGCGCGUAUCAUGGCGCAGGUCCACAUGUUCAAGGCCGUGGCGACAGAGACUAUCACGACCGCAGACACCGGCAACCGGAGGAUAGGCCCAAGUCUAAACACCCAAUUCCAGGCUGUGAGCCCUGGCUCUUAGUGAAGACAAAGUUGGGACGCCGAUUUGUACAUAAUCCCGAGACAAACGAGAGUUAUUGGAAAUUUCCCGAGCAUGUGUUAAAGGCUGUGGUGGAAUUCGAUCGGAUUGAACGGGAAAAGAGAGAAAGGAGAGAACGUGGCGAAGAGGAAGAAGAACAAAAACCACAAGCUCCAGACACAGAGGGAAGACAGCGCCGAGCGUCUGCCGAGCGACAAGCAGAAGCCGCAGAAGCAGACACGGCUGCACAUGGUGAAGAAAGCGAUGAAUACGAAGAGGUUGAGGUUACAGAUAGCGAAGCGGAGGAAGAGCACUCGAGCAAAAGACUCCGGACUGAGAGUGAAGGGCCUGGUGAAGAUCAGCCAAUCGAGUUCAAUGAAGAGGACAUUGAAUAUCAGCUUGCCGCCAUGGGUGAGGAAUACGGUUUAGACCCUGGCGAGUAUGGUGAGCCUGGCGAGGAGGGAUGGGAAGAAGGUGCAGAGGGACUUCCAUUGACGGACGAGGAUGCCACGGCGCUUUUCCGAGACUUACUCGACGAUUACCAGAUCAACCCAUUCACGACCUGGGAGAAAGUUAUCGAGGAGGGUCGUAUCAUUGACGACAGCAGAUAUACUGUCCUGCCCAACAUGAAAAGGAGACGCGAGGUGUGGUCGGCCUGGAGCCGUGACCGUAUCCAAGAACUUAAGGAGCGCAAGGAAAAGGAGGAGAAAAAGGACCCCAGGAUCAAGUAUCUUGAGUUCCUGCAGGAGCACGCUACACCAAAACUUUACUGGCCUGAGUUCAAGCGCAAGUACCGGAAAGAGCCCGAGAUGAAGAAUACGCAGCUAUCUGACAAGGAUCGUGAAAAAUAUUACCGGGAGCACAUUUCGCGCUUAAAACUUCCCGAGAGCACCAGAAAAUCGGACCUCUCAGCGCUGCUGAAAUCCGUUCCGUUGCAGCAAUUGAAUCGAUCCUCGAACGUUGCAGCUCUCCCACCCAUGAUUCUGACCGAUAUCCGAUACAUAUCUCUGCCACCAAAAAUCCGUGACCCGCUCAUCGAGGCAUACAUUUCCACCCUACCACCUCCUCCAGAGGAACAGCCCGGCGAUCUCUCGGUUGAGGAGCAGGAAGAGCGCGAACGAAAGAGACAGGAGCGGGAAAGGCGCGAAAAGGCUCUCGCAGAGCGAGAACGACAGGUCCAGGAGGAGAAACGGCGGCAGAGAAGCGACCUCAGGCGCGGAAAGAAUCUGCUGCGACAGGGGGAGGCCGAGUUGGAGCAGGCGAUGAAGAUCAGUGGCAAGGAAGGUCUCAAGAGCUACAUGGAAUUGGAUGAGGGGAGACCAAAAGGAGGAGGAGCCAGGCAAAGAGUGAACCCCGAAUUUUGA